AUGUCAUGCAACUACAUUCGGAACUGUAAAAUCCAGCCCUUCUCCCCAUUGCUGAAACUACAGGGACAGGCUGAGUUCGUGUGGGAGCCUAAACAUCAAGAGGCUUUCGGCAGAAUCAAGACCUACCUCGCGAGUCCGCCCGUCCUAGUUCCACCUAGAACUGGAAUUCCGCUGAAGUUAUACAUUUCAGCAUCUGAGGCUUCCAUUGGCAGCCUGCUCGCUCAGGAUGAUGAAGGAGGUAUCGAGCACGCCAUAUUUUACCUCAGCCGGACACUGACAGAUUGUGAGACGAGGUACACCCCUAUGGAGAAACUGUGUCUGACUUUGUAUUUUUCAGCGUGCAAGUUGCGGCACUACAUGUUAUCCUUUACUACCUGCAUCAUCGCUCAAACGGAUCUAGUCAAAUACAUGUUAUCACUGCCUAUUUUGAGAGGCCGCAUCGGCAAAUGGGUCCUGACCCUUUCAGAAUUUUCGCUACAAUACGUCCCUCAGAAAGCCGUUAAGGGGCAGGCCAUUACAGAUUUUCUGGCACAUCAUCCUACGUUGGAGAUUCCCAUGGUAAAGGAGUUGGAAAUAGCGUCGGUCACUAUGACACGGCCAGAUUUGGCGCGCAUCCCAGAAUACGCAGUUUGGUACCAGGCCACAGUCGCCUUGCAGCCCUGGGUAUUGUUCUUUGAUGGCUCUAGAACCGAAACAUUGGCCGGAGCAGGGAUUGUUCUGGAGAAUCCAACUGGCGAUCGUUUCUCUUACUCUUUCCAAUUAGAAUUCAAAUGCACGAACAAUCAGGCCGAGUACGAAGCUCUUAUUAUCGGGCUCGAAGUCUUACUAGAAAUGGGUGUAAGAGACGUUCAGAUCCGCGGCGAUUCUCAGCUCGUUAUAAACCAGCUUCAAAACGUAUAUCGAUGUGCAAGUUGGCUGCUCAUGCCGUAUUUGAAUCGUGCCAUUGAGCUUCUGGAUCAGUUUAUCGAUGUCGAAUUGGAGCAUAUUCCCCGCGAGCGCAAUUUCGCUGCCAAUGAGCUCGCUCAACUGGCCACGGGCAUUACAUUGAAGUAUGGAGUUCGCGAGCGUCUUCUGAAGGUUGAGCGUCGCACACUGCCCUCAUGGCUCGCACGGCCUGAUCCGCCAGAUGAUCCAGUGGUCGCGAUGCUAGAACCUAUAGAUGUGGAUUGGCGCAUCCCACUGGUUGCUUACCUCAAGCGCCCAGACCCCACCGCUGACAGAAAGAUUCGCUUUCUCGCACUAAAUUAUCUCCUCAGGGGUGACGAGUUGCGACGCCGUGGGGAAGAUGGCAUGGACUUUCGCAUUCUAAAGGAUUGUAUUGCAUUCGCCAAAGGAUGCGCAGAUUGUCAAGCACAUGGUCCAGUCCAGCAUGUUCCUAACAUUCCUAUGCAACCUAUCAUCAAGCCUUGGCCUGCGCGAGGCUGGGCACUGGACUUGAUUGGAAUGAUCCAUCCCCACUCGUCUCUCCAACAUAAGUUCAUCAUCAUCGCCACUGACUUCUUCACCAAAUGGGUUGAAGCGGAGCCAUUAAAGGAGGCCUCCGGCAGCACCAUUCGCCAGUUUAUUUUUCGUAACAUUCUCUGUAGGUUUGGUGUCCCUGAGGUGCUCGUUUCAGACCGGGGGGCAGCGUUCAUGGGAGGUCCCGUCGAGCAACUAGUCACGGAUUUCGGCAUCCAGUUCGUCCACAGUACCCCGUAUUACGCUCAGUCCAACGGUCAAGCGGAGGCUAGCAACAAGAUAAUUAUUACCCUACUAAAGAAAAUGCUGGCAGAGAACCCUCGCCAAUGGCACGAUACUUUGUACGAUACACUUUGGGCUUAUCGCACUUCUAAGAGGAGUCCCACCGCGACGACACCGUAUGCCCUUAUGUUUGGCCACGACGCUGUGCUACCCUUGGAGAUUAAUGUUCAUUCCUUACGCGUCCAAGAGCAACAUCAUUUGAUCGGAGAAGACUACGUCCAGGCAAUGUGGCAGGAACACGAAGAUUUAAGCGAGCAGCGGUUAGCGGCUUUGGAUAAUCUGGUCAUGGAAAAGCAGCGUAUCGCUCACGCCUAUGAUAAGCGGACGCGUGGUCGUAGUUAUAAAGAAGGGGAGCUUGUUUGGAAAGCCGUUUUACCCCUUGGCGAAAAGUUAACAGGCCGCGGUAAAUGGACCCCGCGAUGGGAAGGGCCCUUUGUCGUUCACCGGAUUUUGGAGCGCGGGGCUUUUCACCUCAAGGACAUCGAUGGGGACAUCCAUCGCAACCCCAUCAACGGGCGAUUCUUGAAGAAAUAUUACCCUAGUGUUUGGGAGUUCGAAGAUCCAUCGGACUAA